UUAUAUAUGUACAUAUAUAUAUAUGCUCUUCAUACUUGUUCUAAUUUUUUCAUCUGAUUUUUUUUUUUACCGUUUUUUCUGUUUCAAAGGCUCUCAGGAUGAUUGUGUUUAUGCUGCAACAGGCUCAAGCUUAACUGUGCCACUUAGAUAUGAGUUGAAGGAAUCAGGUACACUGAAAUGGUUCAAGGACACAAGAAUAAUCUUUUAUCGCAGACGGAAACAGGUGAUCAUAGGGAAAAAUGAUGAUGUUGAUUCAACUGGAUCACUAAAGCUGACACAACUCACCAAAGACAAGUCAGGACGAUACAUCCCAGAGGUUACCAAUGAAGAAGGACUAAAUGUGGGGGGAAACUUACAGAGUGUGCGUUUGUGUGUAUUAGACCGUGUGCAGAAGCCCAAAGUAACAGUGAUGUGUGCAGGUGACAAGACAAAAGUCUCUUUUACUUGCAAUGUUAUUAAGGAUGAGAAGGUCGAAUGGUUUAUGGAUGGUAAACAGUUGGCAGAAAAAGGGAAGAUGGUGUCGAGAGUAGCCAAAGACGUGCUAAAUGCCAAUUUUUAUUGUAAUGCUUCUAACCGUGUCAGCUCACAGAUCAGUCAGCCUGUUCAACAAGAAUGCUAUAAGCUUGCUUUCCCUGAGGUAUGUGACAUUUAUGUCUGUAUUCCAGUGCGCGCUGGAGCAGGUAUUCUUCUGUUGGUGAUCUUCAUUUUCAUUGUUUGCUGUAUCCAGAAAAAAGCAAACAUAAUAAAGGACAAAGUUGAGCUUCCAUUGAAGAAGCAUCAUCAUCAUAAGCAGCUGGUUGGUAGCGUCCCGGAGCCUGACUUCUGUGCAGACUGUGGUCUGGAGGGAGACAACAGGAUAUAAUGUAAUCAUUAUUCAACAUUCAGACUGUUUUGUUUUUCUGUCUUUCAUUUUUUUUUCUUCCAGCCAAGUUCAUCUUGGCUGUUAGAGCAACCGUUCAAGACUCAUGCAGCAUGGCUGAUGUAAUCUUUUUAUGAUUUUUUUUCUUUCUGUCUGAUUCAAAGAUUCCCAGGAUGUUUUUGACCUGUAUGGUGCAACAGGCAGUAUCUUUAUUGUUUGUCUGAAACCAAGCUGGGCAAAAAACUUGACCUUAAAAUGGAAACACAAUGAUGAGAAAGUAUUUUCACAAAGAAAAGUGAAGGACAUGGCAUAUCCAAACCAACAAGCCUGAAGACAAACAACUUGGGAAACUUUGUUUCAAUGAAUAUGGAAAAUUAGAAAAAGAAAAUAUGAGCAUUGGUUUAUUUGUUGUGGGUAGCUAACAACAGAGUCGAUUUAUUGUGGUUAUACAAUAAACAUCACAUUUCUCUUUGAAUUUCUCUUUAUGUCAGUCUCAACCAUAGAUUACGGUGUGCAGUCACCUAAACACUUUUCAGCCUUAUCAGAUUAGUGUUUUCACAUAUAUGGCAUCAAUGUGAACAUGAAUGUAUUUUAUGUUUUUAUGUUUUUGAUUUUUAAUCUACUCAUUAAAAAAAGUGUUACACCUUUGUCAUCAGUCUUUAUUUAAUGCUUCAUCAGCAUUUCUUCAUAUAAUAUAAUAUUAAUGUAUAAACAUUAUAUAGAGAUAAUACGAUCUCAGAUUAUGUGCAGAACUCUGUAGUGAUGAAGAAUUGCACAAUAAACGUGAU